AUGGUUUCCUUAACAGGAAGUAUUCUGCUUCUCCUGCCGGUGCUGCAGAGCAUCCAUGCGUCCCCGGCAAAUUUUCACAACCAUGACACAGAGGGGGCGGCUGACAUUGAUGCUUCAUCGGCUCUUUUGAGUUCAGCAUUAGAAAGCAAUACUCCCUUCACCCUGGCUGCUCGAGACCAGAAUAUCAACCGCAACGUAGACAGUUCCCUGUCGAGUUCUCGAUCUUCGAGGACUCAUCGGCCCACUGGAACUCGUCGACAGGGAGGUCAGCCACCCAGCAAUGUGCCACAGACCCCAGGAUCGGGGUCUGUGAAUGUGGCCGCCUCAAGCUCAUCCAAAGGGCCUGCUACGCCAGUUGGUGGCAGCCAAUCGACCCAGAGUGCCACACCCAACACUAGCAAAGGCAAUGGCAAUGGACAUCCGACACAAACAUCAACCAAGUCUCAUGGGCCUACAGGGGGGGAUGUUGGCACGUCCAAGCCACCGCCUCCACAGAGCCAAACCCCGUCGCCCCAGAACAAUACCCCGAAGCCGAGCAAACAACUCACCAGCAACGCUGCUCCUAGCCCUCAGAAGAGCAACACCACGCCUCCUAGCGGGCCAGCCAGCACUACCCCGAGUCCCAAAGGCCCCCGUCCAUUACCGUCGAACUCUAAUAAUGGUGGCGCUCCGGUGGGCUCUGGAUCUAGUUCCUCGAAAGACAACACGCCCAAGCCUACGUCGUCCCCAUCGGCAUCUCCUAGCAGCCCACCAUCAACCAAGCCAGGCGCAUCCGGGGCCGGCGGGUCUGUGUCGUCAACUCCUGGUCCUAGUACUUCUACUCCCUCGGCCAGUGGCGGAAAGUCAGCAGACCCCAAAGGCGACUCAACAGUCACGACGCCCAGCAGCUUUGCCUGGGGCUAUGUGGCCCCGAGCUCGACUAUGUCCGCCGCAGCGGAGAGCAGCUCCGCCGUUAUUCUGGCAGGCAUGUGGCUGAAGGCAGGAGACAACAUCGCGGACAUAACAAGCAACGACAAGGACAAGAAGGACAAGAAAACCAAGCAGAUCGAAGACGUAAUCGAGAACACCCAGCACACGUACGACGAAGUGUCCAAGAAGCCCGACAACCCGCCCGACUGUUCUGGAGGAGGAUCAAAGAAAAAGAAGAAGCGCGGUCUGAUCUCUGGCGUGGCUAAUCUGAUCAAGACUGGCUUUACGGCGGCCGAGUCGUUGGCCUGUACCUCGCAGAUGGCAGAUACACUCUCAGGCCUGAUUAAAGUGCCCAAGCCCGACCUUGAUCAGAUCACCAACCUCAUGAAGAGUAUCACUACGUUGCAGCAAACGAAGCCCUCGCCCCCUGAUGACCCCAAUGACCCGGAAUCACAGUCCGAGUCCGAGUCUGACAGUUCGACCUCGUCGACGUCCACUUCCUCCAGCUCUGAGUCAAGCUCGACGUCAACCCCCAGUUCAACGUCGACGCCCAAGUCGAGCUCCAGCUCGACCUCUAGCUCAAGCUCCAGUUCCAAAUCAAGCUCCAGCUCCAGCUCAAGCUCACGAUCCAGCUCCAGCUCAAGCAUCCAGUCCGCUUGUACCAGGAGACCCUUGACCAGCUUCUCCACAAUCAACUGGGAAUCCCUGAAGUCCAUGUCAAGGGGGCCUACCUCAACAAACCCACCAAAGUCCACUAAAGCAGGCACAACCUCCUCCAGCUCAGCAAGCGCAACAGAGCCACCCUGCCUCCCGCACGAAGACCCAGACAAGGGCGAGGGCUUGCAAUGCCGCUGCGGCACCAACGGAGUCGCUUACCCAGUGAUGCCAAGCAGUUCGGGACAAUCCAGCUACAACCCAUGCGGAUGGGCGACCACGCCGGCACCAGCAACGAAAACGCCAGCCAACUACAAGGUGACGAACCCGCAAGGCACGGUCUUCAGCUGCAUCUCAACGUCCUACGAGAACGCAGCUGUCAACCCGACGCCCAGCUGCGUGAAGACGGGGUCCGCAGUGGCGACGAUCACGUCGAUGGCGCGCGCAUACACCUCGUCGAUAUCUGCGUCCGAGGCGGCGGCGGCGGCGUCCACGUCGUCCGCCAUAGCCAUGCACCUCCACCGCAAGGCGAGCUGCACGAAGCUAUGGCAGGCGACCGAUAUCGACUACCCGGACACGAUGUUCAAGGUGAUGCUGGGCGACUGGGCCGAUGGAAAGACGUUCUACGACGAGGUGCAGAAGUGUCUCGAGUCGGAUGGGUCUAUUGAGGGCUUCCUGUGGGAUGAGGUCAAUGACGGCGAUUAUAAAUGGCGUGCUGCUUUUGAACUCAAGCGGUAUGGUGUGGGUUGUCCCGAUAAUGCGAUCUAUAAUAUUGGGGGGCCGGUUACGGAGUGUGGUCAGUUCCCUGAGAACGAUCAGGAUCUUGAGUCGUCCAUUAUGGUGGCGCCGCAUACGGCGCCUCCUUCUUGA